AAAUGGCGAAGGGUAAUGGUGUUGAGCGAAAGAGUCAUGCAGUGCAAAAAGGUGUAUCAGUAAUGGACUUGAUUUUCAGGAUACUGGCACUUAUAGGAACCUUGGGGAGUGCAUUUGCAAUGGCCACAACUAACCAAAGGCUGCCCUUCUUUAAUAGUUUUACUCAGUUCAAAGCCAGAUACAGAGACAUACCAGCAUUCAUUUUCUUUGUGGCUGCCAAUGGAAUUGUAAGCGCCUAUCUUCUGCUUUCUCUCCCUUUCUCAUUCUUCCACAUCCUAAGGAGCAGUGCUCAAAGGACUAGGCUCAUCUUGAUGUUCUUCGACAUGGCAAUGUUGGUUAUUUUGACAGCGGGAGCCUCCGCGGCGGCAGCGAUUGUGUACUUAGCACAUAUAGGGAACCCCAAUUGGAAUUGGUUCUCAUUCUGCAGACAAUUCCACUCCUUUUGCGAGCGUUCUUCGGGUUCUUUAAUUGGAUCCUUUGUAGCAGUCAUCUUUAUGACACUGGUGAUUAUAUUAGCAGGUGUCGCCCUUGCUCGACGUCCUUAGAUCCUUUGAUUAUGGGUGUGAUUUGGAAUAUGUAUUUGCCUUGUUUUCCAAUGUGUUGUAUGUAUGUGUUUGCAAGAAUGUAUGAAUAUGAGCAGUGUGACUCAUCUUUUAUGCGUAA